AUGGGUACUGCAGCAUAUCGACAAUGGCGUGCUCCUGACUUUCAAAAACUAAGCCCAUAUAGUGCUCAGCAACAUGAUGGUAACGUUGAUUAUUUUUCGCGUUCCCUUUUAGAUUCUUAUAUUAUGACUGAAGCACCAUGGGAUGUAACACAAUGGAUUGAUCCAUUUGAACCUCAAACUAAAAUGACCACUAUGCCUGUUUUGCUGAUUAUUCGUAAAUAA